UCCCUCUCUUACGUCAGCCUGAACAACACCCUGUAGUUGCAUUAUUACCUCUGAGCAGCUGAGCCGAAAGCAGCGCACAAAACCAGCAGAAACAUGGGAAAGAUCUACCAGGUGGUGGUGCACGGACUGAGGGGGGAGAAGAUGAUGAUCGACCUGUGCAACACAGACGAGCAGUUUAAGAGCAUGAAGGUGCUGCAGCUGAGGGAGAAGAUAGCAGAGAAGCUUCCCGAGAACGCAGGACAGGAGGUUCUGCGGCUGAUCUUCACAGACAAGAAUCUGGAUGCUGACGACGUGCUGCUGUCUGAAUACGGGAUCCAGCACAUGUCCGUCAUCCACAUGGUGGUGAAGGUUCCUGGAGGACUCACCGCUUGACGGAGACCUCCUCUCCUCCUGCUGCUGUUUACACAUUUUAAAGCUUUUACUGUCUGGGCUGUUUUAUUGCAGUAACCCUUUUAAUAUUCCCAUGUUUUAAAAAGCUGUUUCAAAAUAAAGAAAAGUUCUGUCUAAUACUU